AUGGAUGACAAAAAAUUAGUGAUUUCACCAAAAAUCCGAGCAAGAGCAAGACCCAUCAGAGAAAUAAUGAAAACGGCUGCAGUCCCUCAUUACCACCUGCCUCCCAUAACUCCUGGACGCCAGCUUCACGAACUGAUGGCAGUCCUCGCAGACUCUGAGGUUCUUAACGAUCCGAAUGGGGCCGCCCGCUUGGGUGCUCAGCAGCCCGAAGGCAAGAGCCAGCUUCUCACUGUGAAGGAGAAGCGCCCUCUCCCUCUCUUCCGAGCCCACAUCCUGCAACACGGUGGAAAGGUUGGGGACGUACCCUUCUCUCCGCAGCCUCACAACCAUCAGAUCUAGCAUCUCAUAGAUCUCUCCACUGCGGGGAUGGUCGCAGCCGCCGGCGAGGAACUCGUGCAUCUCGCCGCCGACCUCGAUCGAGCUGCACCCGGGCUUCUUCUUGAUGCCUUUAUCCUUCAUCGUCCUCCUCACCAGCGCAGCGUCCUCCCACCUCUUGGCCUUGGAGUACACAUUGGACAGCAAGACGUAAUUCCCGCAGCUCUCGGGGUCCAACUCUGUGAGGCGGAGGGAAACGUUCUCGGCCAGUUCGACAUCUCCAUGGAUCCUGCAGGAGCUCAGAAGCGAAGACCAAAUGACCAAGGGAGGUAG